GUAGAGGUAGGGUUAGGGCAGGGCUCGGCAAAUUAUUGAGGAGUCGGCUGCGUUGAUAUGUGGAAAGGUUUUUUUUGUUUACCUCUGAAUUUACGAAGCUUUUUCAUGAAGUAGGGUUUUGUUGCGUUAGGACUAAGGAGUCUUGGCAACCCCGCAUAGCUUAAGUGUUUCAUUCCAUCAUGCCCACCCAACUAGCUCCAGAAAUGGAUGUCCCAGAGAUUCGAGUAAAAACUGUCUUCAAUGGUGAGGUGAUGAUCACCUACAUCGACCCCAACAUCACCCUGGAGCAGCUGCAGCGCGAGAUGCGGGCCAUCUGCCACUUUUCGGGCGAGCAGGUCUUCACCAUGAAGUGGGUGGACGAGGAGGGCGACCCGUGCACCGUCACCACCCAGAUGGAGCUCCGAGAGGCUAUCCGCCUGUACGAGCUCAACAAGGACUCGGAGCUCACCAUACACGUUUUCCCCAAUGUGCCGCCUGCUCCGGGCAUGCCAUGCCAGGGCGAGGACCGUAGCAUCUAUAGGCGGGGCGCGCGGCGCUGGAGGAAGCUGUACAGGGUCAACGGGCACAUCUUCCAGGCCAAGAGGUUCAACAGGCGCGCCUUCUGCGCCUACUGCCAGGACCGCAUCUGGGGGCUGGGGCGCCAGGGCUUCAAGUGCAUCCAGUGCAAGCUGCUGGUGCACAAGAAGUGCCACAAGCUCGUGUCCAAGCCCUGCAGCAACGAGCACGUGGAGCCCGUCAGCAGGGACGACAGCAAUGGUACGCCGACGUCGGACCUGGCGCAGGACAAGGAGUUCCCGGAUCCUCCAGGUGACCUGUCGACGGGCGCGGUCCCGGUGGACGACCCGGCCAACGCGGACGAGCAUCUGGAGCCCGGCACGCAGCGCCAGUACUCCAUCAUCGACUUCGACCUGAUCCGGGUGAUCGGGCGCGGCAGCUACGCCAAGGUGCUAAUGGUAGAGCUGCGCAAGACCAAGCGCAUCUACGCCAUGAAGGUCAUCAAGAAGGCCCUGGUGACGGACGACGAGGACAUCGACUGGGUGCAGACGGAGAAGCACGUGUUCGAGACGGCCUCCAACCACCCGUUCCUGGUCGGGCUGCACUCGUGCUUCCAGACGCCCAGCCGCCUCUUCUUCGUCAUCGAGUUCGUCCGCGGCGGCGAUCUCAUGUUCCACAUGCAGCGCCAGCGGCGCCUGCCCGAGGAGCACGCCCGCUUCUACUCGGCCGAGAUCAGCCUCGCGCUCAACUUCCUGCACGAGAAGGGUGAGUGAG